AUGGCUCAAGCGACAGUCGACAUCGCCAACCAGGUGGUUCAACUGAACUCUGCCCGUAAACUUGUCCUCGGUGACGCAGCCUUCUACCCGCAGAUCAUAAGCGGCAUCCUACCGAUCGUUGGAGCUCACGCAAGACUUGAAUUACGGAGAUGGGGUGCAGACUUCCUUGCGGAGACAUUUUCUAGUCCGAUGCUAGAGACAGACCAGAAGCAACAGUUGGCACAAAAUGUCUUACAGUCUAUUCAAGAGACUCUGCAGUUGCCUGAGACAGACUCGGCAGUUUUGCAAAGCUUGGUGCAAACUGUAGCGAGCUUAUAUCCGCUCAUAUUCCGCCAUACUGUGAACCACCCGGAAGAUGCACACUCAUGGGAGAAAAUGAAUUCGAUCAAACAAGAGAUUCUCAAACGAAUGGACUCUUUUUCAUGCCCUGUCAAAAUUUGCUGUGUCAAGUUUUUACAACGAGUGGUACAGGUCCAGACACCGGGUCCGAUUGAUCCUAGACGCCCCGAACAAAAUGAGACAUCAUUGGCCAUUGUCCCUCGGGGACAUACUGUUCUCAUGAUUCCACAUCUGGAGGCCGAAGCAUCAGGCUUGCUCGAUAGGCUUUUGGCUGUAUUUCAAGAAGAGACCAGCGAUGCUCUUCUUGUCAAUGCUACUUUGAACUGCCUUGCGCCUCUCAUUCGCACACGUCAGUCCAUCGCGAAUAAGAUAAUCAACGCCGUUUUAGAUUUCUACCCAGCGAAGCACGUCCAACCACCAUUCACACCAACUGUUCGAGUUAACGUCAAAUCAAUGGAGCGCACAGCCCGGGCAUUGCUCAUUAACAUUAUCAAGAAAAACCAAAGCCAUCCUAUGGUUGGGAAGAUGCAUGCGUAUAUCGAGCGUCUUAUGCAAUCUCGACUGGAGGUGACCGAAGAUGCUUCACGAAAACGUGGCCUGCCCACGGAACCAACAGAUGGUCUAGACACGGCCAAGCGAGCCCGUCUAGAUGCCAUGACUCCCCCUGUGCUCCAGAUUCCUCCGCUACCACCGGGCCCCGCCAGCUUUGAUAAGCUUUUCACAUUGACACAGGACAUCGGGCUAUCUUCAUUCGAUGUGAAGCAACUACCGCCUGAUCUUGUCGUAAAGAUCGCGGUGCCUCUCUUGGCUCAAGUUAACCAGUCAAUGCUUACGCAAGCUGUUGAUGCUGUUCGAAAUCGAUACGAGACCAUUACAAAGGAACAGAACUUGGCUCGCAUAAAGCAGCAGCCUGCGGCUACGGCACACGAAGAUGAUGAUUAUGAACCUGAAUAUCAACCGAUGGACGUAGAGGAGAAAGAUUCCGAGGAAGUCGAUGCGUUUGAGCCGGAGGUGCCCGACAUUCAAGCCGAGCUAGUAUCUUUGGGUCCAUUUGUUCUACCUCAACCACCCCCUCUCAGCGAAGAGGAGGCCGGAGAAGUCGGGCGUAGUGCGGUUUCGCGUGUCUUUUCGAUGAUUAAUAUCGCGGAAACAAGCCCUACGCCAGCCAAAGCCAAAACCCAACAACUUGGCUUUACCCGCUUGGCCGGCAGCAACUUUGACCGAGAUGCAUGGGUUUUGCUCCUCACUCGCCUGGCCACCCGUGCUCCAGCUGGCCUGGAAGGCGGUGAUAAGCUGGCUAAAGGGCAAUCAAGUCGCAGACAACCCAUCUCUGACUCAAUCCGAGAGACUCUGUACAGGUACAUCUUGGAAGACUUCCGCGGUCGUCUCAACAUCGCCGUCACUUGGCUUAAUGAGGAGUGGUACAACGAUCGUAUUCAAAUGAGAGCAGCCGCAUCUGCGCGGGACGAAGAAAACAAUGAUGAUGACGAAGCAACAGUGUCAAUUCAUUAUGACACAUGGGUCCUCCGUCUUUUAGAUGGAAUUCUCCCUUAUCUCGAUUCUCGCGAUAUUAAAGUACUCGUUCGUUUCCUUAGUGAGAUCCCGGAGAUCACUGUGGAUAUCACGCAACGAGUCGCCAGUCUCGCCAAGGAUCCUGAGCGUGUCAAUCUCUGCGUCCAAGCCUUAAUGUAUCUCAUCAUGUUCCGACCUCCGGCCCGUGAGAUGUGCUUAAACACAUUAGAAGACGUCCAUCAAACUUACGAGGAAUCACGUCCAGCUGCAGGUAAGGUUUUGGCCAAAUGGCGCCCACAGCAGACGCAACCCGCUGAAGCAGCUACCAAUGGUGUAGCGGAUGCGGCGCCUCCGGCCGCGCAAACCGAAGUACAGACCAGUGCUGCUACAGAGUGA